AUGUCUCGCCGUGAAUCCGUUGGCCGAGUGGGGACGGCAUCGCAAUCCGACUCAUCAGAGCCCGCCAUGAGAAUGGUGACUGUGGCAGUUCUCCCACCUCGAUUACCGUCUGGAAUGGCACCACCUACGGGCCUUGGUCCCGCCGACAUUUUCUCUUGGAAUGAAGCUGUCAACUGGCAACACAAUGAUGAUGUGAAGCAAGAGGAUCCAGGCCGCAGAAAAAGCUUCAUGCGCAAAGUUGGACUCACCACUCAAAAGAAACGGGCUGGAGAGGAGGACGACCUUCCACCGUUUGUCAUGCGCCAGGUCCCUUAUGACAUAUGGAGAAAGCACUAUGCCAAAGACAAGGAUGGGAAUUACUGGGGCACCCAUGCACCGGCGGAGGACUGUCUCUUAAAACCCGAGAAUGUCCAGAAAUGGCGUCUCGAUGAUCCCACCGCGAAAGGAGACAAAUGGACCAGGGGCCAACACGCCUUGCCCGUCUAUGCCGAAGCCCAGGCCGAAGGGCCAGCCCCGGACUAUCAAAUUGAUGCAAAGGACCACCCCCAGUCAGUGGGAAGCACCACAGUGGAAGCAUGUGACGGGCGUAACACAAUGCAGAGCACGCGGCAAACACCCUUCACAUCCACUUCGGCCAACAACACCUCUCUCCCAUUAGCAAACACAACCCAGCCAGCCAAAAAAACAAUUGCAGACAACAAAACCGCUGCAGAAAUCAUCGCAGACGCGGAAGCCAAACCAAAGCAGAAGAUGACGUGGAAGGAGAAGUUUUCCGAAGGUGCUACAAUGGCUAUGCUGGGCGGCAGUAGUUGA